UUUCUUCUGCUGAGGGCUGUGAGCAGGGUCAGGACACUGCAUUCAGAUACCACAGCUAUUUUUCUUGGGAUAACUGGUGUUACUUGGGCCUGUUAGGAUUUUUGGAAAUUUUCCACUUGUAUUUCAUAUUCACGGAAGAAUUUCCAGCCCAGACUUUUCCUGUUCUGGCUCACUGCUACUCAUGGAUAUGCAAAGCAGAGACCUUCCAGCCUCGGCAGACAGGACCCAGCUAGCUGCACUCACAUACUGACUCAGCUCAGCUCUCUAGGCAGCACACAGCACCGGGCCCGGGCGUGUCACCUGCAUGGCAUCCAUAGGAUCAGUCAUGGAUCAGACUUCACCAUCAGAAUCAGCCGAGAUGCCGCGCCAGUUCCCCAAGCUAAACAUCUCUGAAGUGGACGAACAAGUCCGGCUCCUGGCUGAGAAGGUGUUUGCUAAAGUGCUGCGAGAAGAGGACAGCAAAGAUGCCCUGUCCCUCUUCACUGUCCCUGAAGACUGCCCCAUUGGGCAGAAGGAGGCCAAGGAGCGGGAGCUGCAGAAAGAGCUGGCGGAGCAGAAGUCUCUGGAGACCACAAAAAGAAAGAAAAGUUUCAAGAUGAUUCGGUCCCAGUCCCUGUCUCUGCAAAUGCCGACACCUCAAGACUGGAAGGGCACCCCUAGUCCGGUCAUGUCUCCCACAACCCCUGUGCUCGUGGGAGCCACUUCCCAGCCCACGCCAGAAUCCAUGCCCGAGUUCCAGCGGGUCACUAUCAGCGGAGAUUACUGUGCCGGGAUCACCUUGGAGGACUAUGAGCAGGCUGCCAAGAGCUUGGCCAAGGCCCUAGUGAUCCGGGAGAAGUAUGCUCGGCUCGCCUACCACCGCUUCCCAAGGAUCACAUCCCAGUACCUAAAUCAUCAGUGGAUUGACACUGCACCUCUUGAAGAGGGCCUCCCAGAUUUCCACCCACCACCGCUGCCCCAGGAAGACCCUUACUGCCUGGACAAUGCUCCCCCCAACCUGGGCUACUUGGUCCGCAUGCAGGCGGGCAUCCUCUUUGUGUAUGAUAACAAGAAGAUGCUGGAGCGUCAGGAGCCGCACAGGCUGCCCUACCCUGACCUGGAGACCUACAUAGUGGACAUGAGCCACAUUCUGGCUCUCAUCACUGACGGCCCCACGAAGACCUACUGUCACCGGCGGCUGAACUUUCUGGAAUCCAAGUUCAGCCUUCAUGAAAUGUUAAACGAAAUGUCCGAGUUCAAAGAGUUGAAGAGUAACCCCCACCGAGACUUCUAUAAUGUGAGAAAGGUGGACACACACAUCCAUGCGGCGGCCUGCAUGAACCAGAAGCAUUUGCUGCGCUUCAUCAAGCAUACCUACCAGACAGAGCCUGACAGGAUCGUGGCUGAGAAGCGGGGCCAGAAGAUCACCCUGCGGCAGGUGUUUGACAACCUGCACAUGGACCCCUAUGACCUCACUGUGGACUCGCUGGACGUCCAUGCGGGUCGGCAGACAUUCCACCGCUUUGACAAGUUCAACUCCAAAUAUAACCCUGUGGGGGCCAGUGAACUGCGUGAUCUGUACCUGAAAACUGAAAACUACCUGGGAGGAGAAUACUUUGCUCGCAUGGUCAAGGAGGUGGCCUGGGAGCUGGAGGAGAGCAAGUACCAGUACUCCGAGCCGCGGCUAUCCAUCUACGGCCGCAGUCCUGGGGAGUGGACCAGCCUGGCCCGCUGGUUCAUCCAGCACAAGGUCUACUCCCCCAACAUGCGCUGGAUCAUUCAGGUGCCUCGGAUCUAUGACAUAUUUAGGUCCAAGAAGCUGCUGUCUAACUUUGGGAAGAUGCUGGAGAACGUCUUCCUGCCCCUUUUCCAGGCCACAAUCAACCCCCAAGAUCACCGGGAGCUUCACCUCUUCCUUAAAUAUGUGACAGGGUUCGACAGUGUGGAUGAUGAGUCCAAGCACAGUGACCACAUGUUCUCGGAAAAGAGCCCCAACCCAGACAUCUGGACCAGUGAGCAGAACCCGCCCUACAGCUACUACCUGUACUACAUGUAUGCCAACAUCAUGGUGCUGAACAACCUCCGCAGGGAGCGUGGCCUGAGCACGUUCCUGUUCCGGCCACACUGUGGGGAGGCUGGCUCCAUCACCCACCUGGUGUCUGCCUUCCUGACUGCUGACAACAUCUCUCAUGGGCUACUCCUCAAGAAGAGUCCAGUCCUGCAGUAUCUCUACUACCUUGCUCAGAUCCCCAUUGCCAUGUCUCCUCUUAGCAACAACAGUCUGUUCCUGGAAUAUUCCAAGAACCCGCUGAGGGAAUUCCUGCACAAGGGCCUGCAGGUUUCUCUCUCCACUGAUGACCCCAUGCAGUUCCACUACACAAAGGAAGCACUUAUGGAAGAAUAUGCCAUUGCGGCUCAAGUGUGGAAGCUGAGCACGUGCGACCUGUGUGAGAUCGCCAGGAACAGUGUGCUGCAGAGCGGCCUCUCCCACCAGGAAAAGCAAAAGUUUCUGGGACAACAUUAUUAUAAAGAAGGACCUGAAGGAAAUGAUAUUCGAAAGACAAAUGUUGCUCAGAUCCGGAUGGCAUUCCGAUACGAGACCUUAUGCAAUGAACUCAGCUUUCUGUCUGAUGCCAUGAAAUCAGAAGAGAUCACAGCCUUGACCAAAUAGGUCCAACACUGGAUAGGCAGACUUUUUGGUUUAAUUUCAAGUCUGCUGUGGGUAUUACUGGUCAAGAUACCAAACUUGGGACUUUCCUCUAUGAAGAGGAUGUAUCUGAAGAAAUUUCAAACUGGUGAAUUCGGUUGCACUGCUCACUUUAAGAUCUCACAUGCCCACAGUUCUGUUAACAUUUCUGAGUAAUAGAUGGUGACUUCUCUUUGGGCAUCUGGGAGCUGGGCACUUGUCUGUACUUGUUCAUAAUUUUCCAAAUAUUUCUCUUGAAACCACCAGUGCUUGAAUUGUUUGGGUCAGGAUUUUCCACGGUCAAAUGCCAACUGACAUGAGAUCUGUGUGGUUUUCUGCCGUGCUCCUGUCUGUAGCCCCUGCAGGCUAACAUUGGUAGUUGCUCAUUUCAGCCUCUGGCUGGCUGGCUGCCUUAAACAAAAUCAAUUUCAAAGCUCCAUUUCAUAAAGGGGCCACUUUGAGAGCAUUAAAAUGGAAGACUUCCAUUUGACAA